GCAGCGUAUGUGUCGGAGCCUUUAACAUUUCGUUCUGACUCCGAGUCCAAGCUAGUUUUCUUCAAAAUUUCCCCAAUUUAAAAUCCUCAAUUUUUGAAUCAAACAAGAAUUGGUGGUGAUCUUCGGUUGAUUUUGAUAUUUUUUUCAAGAAAAAUAACUUUGGAAGCGGAAAACUAAUUAUGCUGAUUAUCUUCAAAGUAAAAGGAAAAGAGUAGCAGCUGAUGAAGAUUACAGAUUAUUUAUCGAGCUAUUCGCCUCCUCUUUGGGCGACUUCGAUAGCCGGAGUGAUUUUAGUCAUAACGCUUUCGCUUUCAGUAUAUCUUAUCUUCGAGCACCUCGCUUCUUACAAAAAUCCUGAGGAGCAAAAGUUUUUGAUCGGAGUUAUUCUGAUGGUUCCUUGCUAUUCCGUAGAAUCAUUUGUAUCACUGGUGAAUCCAUCAAUUAGUGUUGAUUGUUCGAUACUACGUGAUUGCUAUGAAUCAUUUGCCAUGUAUUGCUUUGGAAGAUACCUUGUUGCUUGCUUAGGUGGCGAAGAGAGGACUAUUCAAUUCAUGGAAAGACUAGGGUAUGCAAGUUCUUUAGCUCCACUAUUGGAACUUGAUUGUGAAAAGGGAACUGUUAAGCACCCUUUUCCUAUGAAUUAUAUCUUAAAACCAUGGAAACUUGGUCAAUGGUUUUACCAAGUUGUCAAGUUCGGCAUUGUCCAAUAUAUGAUAAUUAAAUUAUUGACUGCACUUUUAGCAGUAAUUCUUGAAGCUUUUGGUGUAUACUGUGAAGGAGAAUUCAAAUGGGGAUGUGGGUAUCCUUAUAUGGCUGUGGUUCUCAAUUUCAGUCAAUCAUGGGCUUUGUACUGUUUAAUUCAAUUUUAUACUGUCACAAAGGAUGAACUGGCACACAUACAGCCAUUGGCCAAGUUUUUGACUUUUAAAUCCAUUGUGUUUUUAACUUGGUGGCAAGGUGUGGCCAUCGCCCUUUUUUACUCUCUCGGUUUGUUCAGAAGUCCAAUUGCUGAAAGCUUGCAGCUUAAGUCAAGUGUCCAAGACUUCAUCAUUUGUAUAGAGAUGGGCAUUGCUUCUGUCGUUCAUCUAUAUGUUUUCCCUUCCAAACCUUAUGAACUAAUGGGAGAUCGCAUUCCCGGAAGUGUUUCAGUCCUUGGAGACUAUGCAUCUGUUGAUUCCCCUCUGGAUCCUGAUGAGGUUAGGGACAGUGAGAGACCGGCAAAAAUACGCCUGCCGCAACCUGACAUAGAGGAGGCUAGAGGUGGAAUGACUACCAUCAAAGAAAGUAUGAAGGAUGUAUUCAUUGGCGGUGGUGAAUAUAUUGUAAACGAUGUAAAAUUUACGGUAAACCAGGCAGUUGAGCCCGUUGAGAAGGGAAUCAACAAAUUCAAUGAGAAACUGCAUAAGAUCUCUCAAAACAUAAAGAGGCAUGGCAAAGACAAGAGAAAGACAAAGGAUGAUAGUUGUUAUUCUGCAUCUCCGCGGAGGGUAAUUCAUGGUAUAGAUGAUCCCCUCUUAAAUGACAGUUUUAGUGAUAGUGCAGUUGCAAGGGGAAAGAAACAUCGUGGAAAAUCAGGAUAUACCCGGACAAAAUCAGGGCAUACCAGCGGGGAAAGUGGAGGAGAAAGCAGCAGUGAUCCAAGCUAUGGUGGAUAUCAGAUUAGGGGCAAUAGAUGGAUUACAAAGGAUUAAAGCUCGGAUGAAUAAUCAUUACUAUAUGAACUUAAGACACUUGUGAGAGAUUUGGGGAGAAAUCACCCAUCCAUCGGUAGCUUGUUCGUUUCUACAUAAUUCAGCUCAGGUUUCUUUCGAAUUUACCGAUGUUGGUAUAAUAUCAUCAACCGAGCUGGUUGCUUAUACAAGGCACUUGUGGAAACUAGAGAUGUAGUGUAAUAGAUGUCAUGUUGUAUAAUGUUUAUUUAGGGCUUGACCAUCUCAUACAAUUAAGAACUGAGUUGCAUGAUUGGGACAUCUUUGCUCAUUUUUUUGAGUUGAUGUCCUCAUUUUAAAUGUUUUAAGGUCGAACCGAGCUCGGCUAUGUCCAUAAUCAUUGCCCAGAAAGUUUUGAACAGUGAAUUGCUAAUGUAUUAUUGCCCUGAA